UGGUGGGAGCGCGCUGCUGGAACUGUUCACGCGACUUUUCAAACGCGCUCACAGAGGUGCUUCACUUCUCAACGGACAGCUCGGAGAUUUCACUUCUUUCAUUGAGUUCAGGGUUUCACUCACCUCGUCUUGUUUUUCCUCCUCAUUCUUUUUCUUUGGACAUUCUUUUUUUCCUCUCGUGGACGGAAUAAUUGUUCGUGAAUGCAAAGCAGUCCUUUCCAAUAAUGUAGGUAGCAGUGAGAAAACAUCUUGAAUUUGCGAGUCGAAAUGGAAAAUAGUGUCAAAGCGGACCAACGCGGUCUGAAUCUUCAAAAGAGCGGAUCUUAACGUGCGUUUAUAUAUAUAAAAAAAUCAUUAUUACACCUCAAAGCAUUCAGUUUUUACCCCAGUUGUUGAACGAGGAUCCAGCUGUGAGGGGAAAAUGAUCUCCGAAGACCGAAGCAACCAGUUUAACAAGCAAACCCUCGGAUUUCCGAUUGGAUUAUUAAUCCGGUCCCCGAAAAAACGGCUCGCAACGUUGGGGAGGAAGCCCAGCAAUGGCUCUCUACAAUCCAACACAUCUGAAUGCACGACUCGAUCUGCUGAGAGUGCUGUUGUCAGGCAGCCAGCCAGAAGUAAGAUCCGCCGCCACAACAACAAGCUGGCCACAGCGUUUAACCGGAGUCCACUUCUGCGGGACAGCAGACCUGGACGCCUUGAGGGAAAUCUGGAGUCGAACGAUGACCCCUCUGAGCUGUCCAGUCAACUGUCUGCCCCAGGGAUCUUAAAGAUAUUUGGCAGUGACAUCUGCCAGGGGGCUAAUUACAAGAGUGUGCUGGCCACGAAUCACUCCAGCGCCAGGGAGCUGGUUAAAGAGGCCCUGGAAAGAUACUGCCUUGAAAAGGAAGAUCCAGAUGCAUAUGUCCUCUGUGAUGUGAUUGGGCGUACUGGGAUAGCCCACCAGUGGCAGACAGAGUGCCUUCGGGUCAUUGGUGACAGUGAGAAACCGCUCAUACUACAGUCCCUUUGGAAACCCAAAGAAGGAUUCUGCAGAAGGUUUGAGAUCCACAAAAGAACAAAUAUUGAAGAUCGUAAUGCUAACGACAGAGACACAAUCACUGCAGGCCUCAAUGCCCAAGUCCGGAAACUACAGAAAGUCCACUCAAGGGUCACGUCACUCUUUGUGGAUGAAAGCAGUGGGGAUGUGGAUGGCAUUGGUAUCUGGAGGAGCCUGAGUGAGAUGGACCUCUCUGCCAUGAGUAAGGAGGCCUGCAGGGCUAAUAAAGGAGGCACUCUGCAGGAGGAUCCAGAGGCCGAAGCUGACUUGGAGGGACGCUGCCUCAUCACUGAGAAGGAAGAGACGGAGAGCAGUGAUGACAACACCACACAGUAUUCCAUCCACCCGCCCUUCGAUUUUCCCUACUUUCUUCUCCUUCAAGGUUACAGCCACAGACAAGACUUUGUGAUCUACCUGAUGAGUGGGAACAGCUGUGUGUUUGGCUGCUGUGCUGGGCAUGGUGAGGAUGGAGAGCAGUUGAAGGUGAAUGUGGUGCUCUAUGCCCCUGACGUGCUCCCCCAACACUGCUGCGUGCAGCACCUGGAUGUUCCCAGAACCCAAGCUGAGGGCAGCUGGAGAACUGCAACCCUACUAAAACCCCUCCAUGGAGCCUCCGUAACCCACAACGGUGUGCAGUUAAAGGGCGAAGCCGAACUCUUUCCAGGUGACCUAAUAGGCUUGGGCCAACAUUACCUCUUCAUGUUUAAGGACCCCACAGCACCUGACAUCCAACACAUACCUACCUGGAUGGCCAGUCUUUCUCCCACAGCUUCAGCCUUACCCUGUAAUACCUGUGGUUCCUCUGUAAGAAGGCACAGAACCUGCUGGACGGACCCAGACGAGAGGGUGCUUUCUCUUACCUACGAACUGCACCAAGAGGACCAGGUGCUGGAGAAGAUCCUCACCAUGGUGGACCCUGGAGGACUGGAGCCCAAACUAAUUCCAGCCUUCCUGCUCUGUUUGUGCAUUCAGCAUUCAGCUGCUAGCUGGGAGAUGACGAACUUCCGCAAACUGUUGCUGCAAAUCGCAAACCAGAUUCAGCUUGCCAUGUGGGAGCGGACAAAGGAGCUUGCAGUGCUUCAGCCAGACAAUGGAGCUGGACAGACAGAGCCAGAGGAGAUUUCUUUGCUGAGCAUGGCUGAGCUGAUUCCAGGCCUGCAACCGCUCGUGCUAUGGAUGGCCAACUCCAUUGAACUGUUGCAUUUCAUUCAGCAUGAGGUGCCCCUGCUCUUGCCAUGGACACAGCAAGAUGAAGAGAAAGACAAAGACUUGUUAAAUUCUCAGAUCUUGUCGACACGUAUUGCCAGUGAGGAGGCCAUGACUGUCCUAGAGGAAGUCAUAAUGUUCACGUUCCAGCAGACUGUCUAUUACCUUACAAGAAGAUUGUAUACAGUGCUACCAGGAUUGUUAGAUAGUAACCCUUUCUCUGAGAAUGGACAGCCAUGCAUGCCUGUGGGUGUCAGCAACGUCCUGGAUGUCCUAAAGGAAGCAUUACAGCUGCUCAACACUUUUGAGGUGCACUCAGAGAUAUCCUCACAGCUCCUGGCCUAUCUCUUCUUCUUCACCAAUGCCUCACUCUUCAACAUCCUUAUGGAGAGGGGUUCAGUAGGUGGGUUCUACCAGUGGUCAAGAGGAGUACAGAUCCGAGCCAGCCUAGAUUUGUUGAUGGACUGGACCCAGAGUAUUGGUUUGGGCGACCUGGCAGUGGAUUUCUUCCAGAAACUCUCCUCAGCUGUUAAUCUACUGGCCACCCCUAAGGAGAAUUUACUACAGACCUCUUGGAUGUCGCUUAGAGCUGAGUUCCCUCACCUCAAUCCAGCACAACUUCACCAUAUGCUGAGAGAAUACAACUCCAGCAGGGCCUGUCCCUCUAGCUGGACCCCCUCCCCAGAUGAUGUAGUAUCUGCCCUCCAAACAUCUGAAAUUCUGGAGAGCUUUGACAGUCAUCCUCCACUUAUCCUACCCAACAGCAACUUUCACUUAGAGCUAGGGAAGACCAUCACAGAGCCCGCUUUCUUGUCCCACCUUAAGAGCCUGCAGGAGUUCAUCCACAGCCUCCCCAUCAACCAAAUAAAAAAUGAACUACAACCACUGCAGGACAACAGCACUGAUGUGACGGAAGCCACACAAAUAGUAUCUUCCCCAUCCAGCUCAGAACUGGAGUGCCUUGGGUCCAUCAAAUCCACCAGUCAAACCAUUCAAUGUGGUUAUAUAGCAGAGCAACAGCAGUGCUUGUCUGCCUCACCAACUCAAUUCAGGGGCUUCCACAAUGCUCUAGGUUCCUAUGAAGUACUCUUGUCUCAGAAACUGAAGAGCCUGGAGCUCCAGAACAGCCUGCCUGGGGAAAUGGACUUGUGCUCACACAAAAGCCUGGCCUUGGACCCAUCCUGCCUACUCACCCCACCCAACACACCCCAAGGCCUGGAGCUCUCUGAACUUGAGGCCAGUCUACAAGAAGAGGCAAUACAAAACGCCAAAGAGAAUGGUCUUGGAGGAAACGCAGAUGGGAUGAGAGAAAUAGAAGAGGAUGAGGACGAGCGAGAUGAGGUGUUCACGGUAGAAGUGUCAAGAGGACCUCAUGGCCUCGGCCUAGCACUGGUGGACGGACUGAAAUCUCCACUGGGGAUGAAUGGGAUCUACAUUAAGUCAGUGGUGCCAGGCUCACCAGCUGCUCAGUGCCAGAAGCUCAGGCUUGGUGAUCGUAUCCUGGCUGUGAACGGAGUCAGUCUUGUAGGCAUGGACUACCAGAUUGGCAGGGAGAUCAUCCGGACAUCAGGAGAUUCUCUCCGGCUGCUAGUGGCCAAAACUGAAGCCAGUAGCAGGAGCUCCAGUACCAGAUGCUAAAGCAGUGGGGGGGGUUUCCACUGAGGGGUUUUCAGGACAAACUAUUGGACUUUUGGUUCUUCCAGCACCAAAAUCUGACUCUUUUCCAAGCUGCUGGCUGAAGUCCUCAGACUUGCUUUUUUUGGUUUAUAUAAUAAUCAAAGGUUUUACUGGAAGUAUCAAUGGAAUAGUCAAAACAAAAAAAAAAUACACAACUUUGCUGAAGACCAGGCCAAGUUUGGGAUUUGGACUCUCUGUGGGUAAAGAUUUAAUUAUGUCAACGUGGGUACACAAAAUGCAUAUAAAAUGAUUUAAAACCAAUGUUUAAUGCAGUAAUUUAAUUCAGUAUGCGUCUGUUUGUCGUCACAAUUAAAUGCAACACAAUUCAGGUUUGUCUGAAAAUGGCAGUGGUUCAGACUUUAUCAUGUUGUUUGGUUGCCUGUUUUAGCAUCAGUGAUUAAGACACUUAUCCUACAUACGCAGACAAAAAUUUGCACAUUAUUACAGUAAUAUCAAUGAAAAAGAAUUUUCUAUUUUUGUUCAAAAUAUGUUAACCAAAGUCUGGCUUGUAUCAAGUACUGCUUUUAAUUUGUUCUGGUCAGAGUAAAGUAUUUCUGUUGAAUAUGCUCAAAGCCAUGGAUCAAAUUUCCAACUCUCGGUCUGUUUCGCAGCAGGCAUUAAUGAGCAUCAUGUGAUACAUUCAAUUGUAUUUUUUUUUUUCCUCAGUGCCAGAGAAACAGUGUUACAUCAGCAUUAUUGAUAUGGUAGAAAAGUAUUUUGUUUGUGAUAUUUAUAUUCUUUUCUAUUCUAUGUAAUAUUUACAUGUGAAAUAAAUAUUGUUCAUUUUUAAGGUGAAA